AGUAUUCAUAUGGUAUCUCUGCAACUCUACAAUUUAUUUAAGUGUCCCGUUUUGAAUCUUUUACCAAUAAGAAAUUCUGCAUCUCUGCAUCUCUACAUAUGGUCACAACACAAUAUCAUACUCUUUGUAAAGUUUUAAGCCUUGGGGGUCACUGGUAAAUUGUUCAGCCAUCAGCAAGAUAGUAAUCGGGAGAUAGUUCAAGCAGGAGUGGUGCAUAUAAUGGGGAACACGGUGUCCGAGCUAGGAGGGAAGCAAGGUUCUACAAGAAGAUAGCCAUUGAUCAGUACGUGUAUGCGUUUCUUAGGAAGAAUUGUCGAGAACAUAGUGUGUAAAUGGAAUCACACUGAUUGGGAUUCGAUCCCAAACAACUCUUUAUGAAGAAAUUGGGCUAUAUUCUUAAGCUGAGAAGAGUAUGGCGAAAGAUGUGGGAGCUUUGCAGAGAGUCUUGCUGGAAGCAUCGACGGAGGAGAAAACGGUGAUACUAACGACCUUAUACCAGGCUUGGGCUGAGCCUAACUCAACGUUCGAUUUGUUUCUGGAGGGUUUCCACGUCGGAGUAGGGACUAAGCGACUGCUCCGCCACCUUGUAGUGGUUUGUAUGGACGAGGAAGCUUACUCAAGGUGCUUGGAGAUCCAUCCCCGCCGUUGCUAUUUACUGAAAACCCCAGGCAUUGAUUUUUUUUCCGGCCAGAAGAACUUCAUGACACCGGACUAUCUCAAGAUGAUGUGGCGCCGCCUAGAGUUCUUGGGUUCAAUCUUGGAGCUUGGAUAUAACUUCCUCUUCACCAGUAUGGAUAUACUGUGGCUGCGAGACCCAUUCCCUCAUCUGUUCUCGGGAGUAGAUUUCCAGGUCACCUGCGACCACUCCAACGGAAACACUAGCGACCCAGGAAACGUUGUCAAUGGAGGUUUCAAGUUCGUUCAAGCCAACCAUCGAACGGUUAAGUUCUACAAAUACUGGUACGAGUUAAGGUGGACAUUCUGCGGCAAGAACGAACAAGACGUGUUCAACAUCAUCAAACACGACCGGUUUGUCACAGAAGAACUUGGUCUCACGAUGCGGUUUCUUGACACGGUUUACUUCCGAGGGUUCUGCCAAUUGCACCGCGAGAUGGACAAGAUAUGCAUCAUGCAUGCUAAUUGUUGUUUGGGAUUACAUAACAAGAUUAAUGGUUUGAGGCAAUCUCUAAAGGACUGGAAAGAUUACUUGUCGGCAACCGACCGCCGGAAUAUGACGUGGCCAUCACCGGAUAGGUGCAGGGGAAGCAUGUCUAAUAUAUCAUUAAUAGUUUAGAAUUUAGAUAUGGUAAGACAAGAAAUUUUAAGCAACCAAACAGAUAACGCAUUAAAAAUGAUAAAUUCAAAACAUAUUUAUAUGUGAAACUUUUAUUGAAAAAGAAAAAGACUCCCGACUACAGAAGUAGUAGUCAAAGUCAUUAUACCAAAACCAAUUUACUUACACUAAAUAAUAAUAAUGGCUAUACAAAAUAUGAAUAUGUGCUUUUAAGGUUUCUUGGACAAAUCAACACACCUUAAAACUGUCAUCUCUGAAAUCAGAAAGAAGCAGAAAGGAUAUGUUUAUAUACACAAACCAUACCUUUGUUUUACG